AUGUUUUAAGCCAAGUAAAUUGAGAAUUUUAAAAUAAAGAAUUGUUCUAAAGACAAGCAAGAAAAGGUUGCCUCUAGAAUCAAAUUUUUAAGACUUGUCUUAUGUGAUAAUUAAACAAUAAGAGCCUCAGCUUAAAUUUGUAAGAUUAACUUUUCAACAGCUAAAGCUAUUCUAAAUAAAUUUAGAAAACAUGGUGUUAUCAAACAAUCUUAUUAAGGUAUAUAUAUCAAAUAAAUCUAGAUUUUGAUGGAUAAAUAGAUUUACUUAAAUAAAUUGUAGAAAUUCAGAAAGGCAUUAGACAUGAGCAAAUAUGCAAAAGAUUAGAAUCAAAACAAAGGCUUAACCACUAAUUAUAGUUUUUCCUACAGAAUAUUUAUAUUUAAAAAAAGGGUGUUCAUAUAGUAUUGGACAAAAAGUCACUUGAAGAAGAACUUAGAUGGGAAAAAUAAAAAGAGUAUAAGUUAGUUGAGUCAAUUUUGGAAUAGUAAAUAAUUUUGAUGAAGAAAACAUGCCAUUGA